AAAACUCUGGACACUAGACUUUAAAAGAGGAUGUUCAGGAACAAAAAAUAGCAGUCAUGAACAAACUCAUUUCAACAGCAGGUCUCUGUCUGCUUCUAAGCAGCUGGGUGUCUUCUUAUAGACUCGUGUGUUAUUACACCAACUGGUCCCAGUACAGACCGGGCCAUGGGAAGUUUAUUCCUUCAAACAUUGAUCCGAACCUCUGUACCCACCUAAUCUAUGCCUUUGCUGCUAUUAAUGAGGCAAAUGAGCUGGUUACUGUGGAAUUUAACGAUGAAGAACUUUAUAAAUCCUUCAAUGGACUCAAACUCAGAAACUCCGGUCUUAAAACRUUGCUGGCAGUCGGAGGCUGGAACUUUGGAACACAAAGAUUYACAACAAUGACAUCCACAAAAGCCAACAGAAGUAAAUUUAUUCAAUCUUCAAUAAAGUUCCUAAGAAAACAUGGCUUUGAUGGACUAGACUUGGACUGGGAGUACCCUGCAGGAAGAGGAAGCCCUCAGGAGGACAAGCAGAGAUUCACAGCACUGUGCAAGGAGCUCUUUCAGGCCUUCGAAGCAGAAGAAAGACCACCGGAACGGCCCAGGUUAUUGAUCACUGCUGCAGUCGCUGCUGGGAAAGAAACUAUUGAUGCUGGAUAUGAAAUUGCAGAGAUUGCCAAGUAUUUGGAUUUUAUUAAUGUGAUGACGUAUGAUUUCCACGGCUCCUACGAGAAAUUUACAGGACAUAACAGCCCUUUGUACCCACGAUCUCAUGAAAGYGGGGCUAAUGCUAACCUUAAUACUGAUUUUGCUAUGAGGUACUGGAGAGACAAUGGAGCACCAGUUMAKAAGCUGAAYAUGGGUUUUGCAACAUACGGACGAACGUUUCAACUCUCCACACAGACCAGUGAUGUUGGAGCACCAGCCAGUGGCCCCGCUGCUGCUGGGACUUUUACAAGGGAGGCCGGUUUCUGGUCCUAUUAUGAGAUUUGCCUUUUUCUUCGAGGAGCCAGAGUACAGAUGCUUGACGAUCAGAAGGUUCCGUAUGCCGUAAAACAAAAUGUGUGGGUCGGAUAUGACAACAAAGAAAGUUUUACCACUAAGGUCAGGUACGUWAAAGACAACAGAUUUGGAGGAGCUUUUGUCUGGGCCCUGGACCUUGAUGACUUUAAUGGACAGUUCUGUGGAGAUGGGGACUACACCCUCAUCAGCCACCUUCGCUCACUCCUGAUUUCAGAUUCUUCUUCUCUUCCCACAACUCAACCCACUCGAAACCAAGCGACUCCAUCUCCACGCACCAAAUCCCCUCCCAGACCAGUGCCCACUUCUUCAUCUGACAGUUUUUGUGCCACAAAGCCUGGUGGGCUUUAUCCCAAACCUGRUGAUCCAGGUUCGUUUUACAGCUGCGCUAACGGCAUCACCUGGGUCCAACACUGCCCAAGUAGUUUGGUGUUUCGAGACAGCUGCAAAUGCUGCGACUGGAAUACUGGAACUGCAAAUAUUUGAUUCAUGUCAAGUAGUGAUUGUUGCAUUCAUUGCUGUAAAAUGAAGUUUAGACUUUUAUUAACAGCUGUUCUCAAAGUUUGUUUGGUCUAGAAUUUUCUUAAGACCAAUUACUCAAUGAGUUCUAGUGUUUUAAUAUGUUGAUGUUCAUGUUUUUCUUUUGCGUGCUCCCCUCGUCAAGGGAUGCCACAAUUAUUUGUGCAAACUUGCACAAAUAAUUUGGUAGUUAUUUCACACGAGGAUGCCUUUCCUGACACAACCUGUGCUCAAACUUAGCAAAUAUUGCCUGUUUGUUUUGUGGUCACGUUUUGUCAAAAUGAACAUCUGAUCUGACCUCAUUCUAUUCAUGCAAAAUAUGCGUAAAAUGUUACCUAAAUGCUUUUAGGGUUGCAAACAUGUUCAUUUUCUUUAAAACUGAAAAUUAUUCUAAUAAAUAAAUAAAUAAAUACA